GGGAGCUGUUGGACCUGUUGUCCCCCCCUCCACUUCCGGGCUGCUGGGGAGGGGGACAGAACAGCUUCUCUCCUCCCUCUUCCCCAGCCACCUGUCCUCUAGACAGAAAAGGGAGCGCCCGGAGCGCAGAGGGAAGCGCGCCGAAGCCUGAGCUGACCCGCCUCCUGGAGCUCUUUUCCACGCGCCCGAGCAGUCGGGAGCUGCUCUGGCCUCGUGGGCCACACCCCCACGCUGCCAGACCACGCCCCCGGAACGCAAGGGCCAGCCCACUCCGCCGGAGCCCGAAGCGGCCAUGGGGACGCCGAGCGGCCCGGGGGAGGGGUGCCAGCCGCCUCCGGUACCGGAGUGCGACGCGGAGGACCGGCCCCAUGGGGCUACGCAGCCCCAGGUGCACGCGGGGGACGCCCACAAGCCGGAGGCGCCCGAGGUCCCCGAGGCCCCCGAGGAGCCCCAGAGAGUGAAGGAGCUUCCCAGCGGCCGAGGAGCUGAGCAGCAGGCUGAGGAAGAGGAAGAAGUGGGAGAAGGCAGCAGCACGGAGAGCAGCCGCGACGCGGGGGAGGCUCCGCCCCCGGCACAGAUCCCGGCCACGGCCCCCGCAUCCACCCAGCCUGGAGAGAAGGUGCGAGGGGCCGCGCGGCGGCUUCGAGAGCAGCAGCUGGAGGCACUGACCCGCGUGGCCCUGAUGGAGCAGCGAGUGAAGGAGCUACAGCGCCAGCGGAAGGAGCUGAGGAUCGAGAUGGAGGUGGAGGUAGCCCUUCUGCGGGGUGAGCUGGCUGGGGAGCGAGUGGCUGCCCGGCGCGAGGAGGAGCAACUCCGGCAGCUGCUUGGACAGCAGGUGGAAACGGAGCAGGGCAGCCGGGAACAGCGGGAACAGGAACAGAAGCAACUGAGCCAGGAGCGGGAUCGGGUGGAGGCUCUUCGCCAGCGACUCCAGGAGGCCCAGGGACAACUCGACUCACAGCCAGAGGACCAGCGUGAGCGACUUCUGCAGGGGGUGCAGGAGAUGAGGGAACAGCUGGAUGUGGCCCAGCAUGCCUACGAGGACCUAGAGUUCCAGCAGCUGGAGCAGGAGAGUCGGCGGGAGGACGAGGACCGGGACAGCCCCGGGGCCCGGGCACUGGACCCCAAGGUCCGGGAACUUCAGGCCAGCGUGGCGCAGCACAGGCGCCGGAUCCAGGUCUUAGAGGAGCAGCUCAAGGCGCUGGGGGAGCAGAUGGCAGCUGAGAGCCGGGGGCUGAGCCAGAAGAAGGAGGAGGCCCUUGAGGCCCUGACGCAGGAACGGAGCCGACUGCUCCAGCUUAACUGCCUUCAGGGAACCCCUGGAGGGGACUUCUCUGAGUCCAGCCAGGCCCUCACUAAGCUCCUGUUCACCCAGAAGACAGACCGCCAGCUGCUGGUGCUGCAGGACCCCGCCGCCCACACCGCCACCGCCACUUCUUCCUGCCUCUUCUCUGUUCACAGCUCUCUGCAGGGCUCCAUCGGCCUCCAGAGGACUGGAAGCCUGCCCCGGAAGAGGGGAGAGAGAGCGAGCCAGAGGGGAUCCCCCCGACCUCUAUCCCUCCACUGUACUGGACCCCUGCAGGCCUCGGCCCUCCCAGCAACAUCGGAAGACUCUGGAAGACACCCACUCUAUCAGCUGCUGAACUGUGGCCCUGGGAACAGCUGUGGGGCCCUCCACCCAGACAUCGCCCGCAUGGAACGGCUCCUGCAGCAAGCUGUGGCGGAAAGGGAGCGACUGCUCAAGGCCAGGGAAGGGAUGAGAAGAAGCACAGAAGGUUCCUCAGGCCCUGUUGUACCUGCCAUCAUGAGAAAGAGAGAGCAAGCAUGUGAUCAGGGGAGAAGGCAGAGGGAGAGAGAGAAAGAAUCUCAAGCAGGCUUCACGCUUGAGAAGGGACUCCAUUCCACGACCCUGGGAUCAUCACUCCAGCUGAAAUCAACCGACUGAUUUCAGUUGGGACGAUCGACCUACUGAGCCAUCCAGCCACCCUCCCCCCUCCCCCCCUGUGGCUGCAUCUUUAACGAAAUUCCUAGGGGGUCUGCCUGUGCGCUCAAGUCUGAGACACAGUGCUCUGAGCCUCAGCGUGACUGUGGGGGAUUAUACCAUUCUUUGCAGGGAAAAGAACAGGUGCGAUCAGGCUGGGCCUUACGAACAGUAGACACUUUCAUUGCCUUAAUUUUUUUCCCUCCUAUGGCCAGCAGAGAUGAUCGCUGUGCUUGGUGAAUCCUGGCUCUGUCGGCUCUAGCUGUGUGACUUGGGCCUAGUGACUUAACCUCUCUUGAGUCUUGGUGUCCACAGCUAUAAAAUGGGGGUAAUAAUGUACUUCCGUCCCAAGAGAGUUUGAGGGGGCCGAGGGAUUGUCCCUAUAAAGCGCUUAACACAGGUAAGAAUUGCUGAUUUCAUCACAAGAAUAACCACAAUAGUAGUAGAAACUGCUCUCAAGUAUUGAUCAAGUAUUGAUCACUGAUCAAUUGAUCCUGUUGCACAGGAUAUGAGGGUCCCACUGGGCUCCCUCACUUCUCUGACAUAGCUCUUGUGUUUCAGAGUGAACUCUAGGGGCGGGAAGACCUGGAUUUGUGUUUCAGCUCUACCACCUAGAAGCCCUGUGAUACCUCGGGUGGAUUAUUUUAUAUUUUUGUACCUCAAUUUGCUCAUCUGUAAAAUGGGGCUCCUAGUAGCCCCGUUCCCAAGGGCAGUCCUGGGGAGUCAAGUUGUUGCUGCUAGAAAGCCCUGGGCAAGGUGCCACUGUCCAGAAACGUACCUGCCAGAUCACGAUCAUUCUCAUGAUGGCCACUCUGGAUAUUGCUGUUGAAAGGCUGUGGCGGGCCUCACAGGUGAGCUGCAGGACCGCCCCCUCCCUGACCCUUUGAUGUCAGCCGCCCCCUUCUCUUCCUU